AUGUUGUGUUUUUGUUUUCUGGAUCGCAGGCUGAAGAAGAAGCGGCAGAGCCAAUCAGAGAAAGCAGAUGCAGAGCAGAACCAAUCAGAUUUGGAGUCCAAGACGCCAGUCAUCCGUGAGCCUGCUCCUAUUGGUCGAUCUCAGGAGAGGAAUGCGGACAGAGCGAGAGGAUCAGAUGACAACAGCAAACCAUGCAGCCAGACCAAGAAAGAGAAAAGUAAACCUCCAGGAACUGUGCAGUUCACCGUCGGACCGAAGGACACUCUGAACAGCAUCGCUCUGAAGUUCAACAUCACCCCGAAUAAACUGGUGCAGCUGAACCGUCUCUACUCGCACAGCGUCGUACCUGGACAGAAACUGUUCGUUCCUGAUCUGGACCAAUCAGACGGCUCCUCUGAGCAUCUCACAGCAUCAGAGUCGUCAGAGAAGGAGCCUAAGGACUGUGAAUCGAGCAGCCGGUCCAGACGGCCCGUGUGUAGAGAGACGUCACCCCUGUCUGAAGACGAGAGUCCGGCCACCGUCAAAUUCAUCAAAAUGAGCUGCAAGUACUUCACUGAUGGCAUGGGAGUUGUGGGAGGAGUGAUGAUUAUAACGCCCAACAACAUCAUGUUUGACCCGCACAAAUCUGACCCGCUGGUGAUCGAGAACGGCUGUGAGGAGUACGGUCUCAUCUGUCCCAUGGAGGAGGUGCUGUCUGUGGCGCUGUAUGACGACGUGUCCCGUAUGAAGCUCAAGGACGCGCUGCCGUCAUCUCACGGGUUUAGAGGAGUUGUGGGAGGAGUGAUGAUUAUAACGCCCAACAACAUCAUGUUUGACCCGCACAAAUCUGACCCGCUGGUGAUCGAGAACGGCUGUGAGGAGUACGGUCUCAUCUGUCCCAUGGAGGAGGUGCUGUCUGUGGCGCUGUAUGACGACGUGUCCCGUAUGAAGCUCAAGGACGCGCUGCCGUCUGAUGAACCCCAGGAUCUCUGUCCGUUAUACAGGCCAGGCGAGUGGGAGGAGCUUCCCUCCGAACGAGAUCUGAACCCCUUUAGUCGUUACGAGGCUCUCGGCGCGCCCAACCAGCCAAUCGUGUUAGACGAUAUCGAAACGGCCAUCUCUGAGAUAUCAGAGUGCCAGAUCGCUGACAAAUCGCCGUCGGACGAAGGUUUCACCGAACUGGAGCUGCUGCAGAGCGACUCUAACACCACCUGCUCUGGCCAAGAGGGGGCGCCACUACAGGAGCAAAGAAAGACGCCAACAGACCAAUCCGUGGCUGAGGAAGACGAAGAUGAAGGCCUUCACAACCGUUCCACAGAGCUUCCCGACAGGCUGGACGAACCCACGGCACUGGUGCAUGAUGGGAAGGAAGCUGUCAUAGAAGUGGACGAGGUGACCAAAAAAAGGGGUGAAAUGUUAGUAAAUGGAGUCUCGGCAGUCGAGGCGACCGCAAGCGACCAAAAAGGGAAGACGACCCUAGAUGACUCUGGGAAAUGUAGUUCGCCUGGACCAAAUGUUGAGGAUAAUAAGGGACCAAACUCGGACGCACAGCUUUCUGAAGCGGAGCUACGCAGACGGGCCAGUGAGGCCGAGAUGAAGUCAUGGCUGCUAAAAAGAAUGCAGAGACCAAUCGAAGACAUGCUGCUGUCCAAUGAAGAGAAGAGCAAAGCUCCGCCCAUGUUCCUCUGCUUUAAGGUGGGGAAACCAAUGAGGAAGUCCUUCGCCACUGGUCGGACGUCUAGCCCCGCCCACUCGUACAUCGGCAGAGGGCGGCAGCCGGAAUAUUGGUUUGCUGUGCCUCAAGAGAAAGUGGACCAACUGUACUCGUUCUUCAUCCAGUGGUCUCCAGACACUUAUGGGAAAGAGGCUCAGGAGCAGGGCUUUGUGGUCGUGGAGAAAGACGAGCUCACAAUGAUCGACAACUUCUUCAGUGACCCGGUUCCUCGCAGCUGGGAGAUCAUCACGAUUAAUGAGGCCAAGAGACGCCAGAGCUUCAGCUUCGAGGACGAGGAACCUCUAGAGCUUCUUCCUGUUCUGAUGGACGCCAGUGCUCUUCUGGAGGACACGCACAUUGAGAAGUUGUCCACUCAUUUGCCGGCCCGUGUUCAGGGCUAUCCGUGGCGUCUGGUCUACAGUACAGUGGUACACGGAACCAGCCUGAAAACCCUGUACAGGAACCUACUGGAGCUGGACUGCCCUGUGCUGAUGGUAAUCAAAGACAUGGACAAACAGAUUUUUGGAGCGUUUUCCACUCACCCUUUCCGAGUGAGUGAGCACUGUUAUGGUAGAGGAGAGACCUUCCUCUACAGCUUCUGCCCAGAGAUCAAGGUGUGUUUCUGA